AUGGCCUCAAAUACGUCCCGAGCAUACGCCGUAGUCCGUGUAUACUUUGACUGGUGCUCAAGCAUCUGUUGCGGUCCCAGCAGACGUAAUCACCACCUCUACGAACCAUUACUGGCAGAAGGAGAACGAACAGCCGUCUCUGAUUUAUUGAGAUUCUUGGAAGUGAGGGAUGGAAUUGAUUUCUUUAGUGGUGAAGCAUUGAAUGCGCUGUCGACGCUGGCUGCUUCUGAUAGUAUUGAACUACAACGCUCCGCCGCCCUCGCAUUCGCAGAAGUAACCGAACGAGAAGGAGAUGUUCGUACCGUCGACAGAGAAACACUCGAUCCGUUAAUGACACUGCUUAGCUCUGACGACGCAGAAGUGCAACGUGCUGCUGCAGCAGCGUUAGGGAAUCUGGCAACGAAUACGGAGAACAAGGUGUUGAUUGUGCAGGUUGGGGUGCUGGGAUUGUUGAUUAAUUUAUUGAGGAGUAGUAAUGUUGAAGUGCAGUGUAAUGCGGUGGGGUGUAUAACGAAUUUGGCUACUUCAGAUGAAAAUAAGCAGAAGAUAGGACAGAGUGGUGCUUUACUACCACUUGUGAGGUUGGCGAGGUCUCGUGAUAUACGGGUUCAACGAAACGCAGCUGGAGCACUGCUCAACAUGACACAUGACGCACAAAACAGACAAGAAUUAGUCUUGUCUGGUUGUGUGCCUGUCCUGGUCGCUCUGCUAGACUCACCAGACUUGGAUAUUAAAUUCUUUUCAACUACCUCAUUGUCUAAUCUUGCUGUCGAUGCUGCAACAAGGCGAAGACUCGCGCAAUCUGAACCUAGACUUGUACCGGCCCUAAUAAGACUCAUGGAUGAAGAAUCGCUCAAGAUACAAUGUCAGAGUGUGUUGGCGUUGAGGAAUCUUGCUAGUGAUGACGGAUUCCAAUUGGCAAUAGUACAAAACGGUGGUCUACCACCACUACUAGAAGUAUUACAAUCCAAUGUCCCACAACUAGCCCUUGCAGCUGCUGCAUGUGUCAGGAACCUAUCUAUACAUGCCGAUAACGAGUCUGCGCUUAUUGAAGCUGGGUUUGUGAUUCCGUUGAUUGGAUUGCUGUCUUCUGAGCAGGAGGAGAUUGUUGCUCAUGCCAUCAGCACACUUCGUAACUUGGCAGUGGCUGAAUCCCACAAGACGAAAAUCAUUGAAGCUGGAAUAGUGGUCAAGAUGCAAGAUUUGCUGAAUAUACCGAAUGUGAAUAUGGCUAUAUUGAGUGAAUUGACUGCUUGUAUUGCUGUGUUGGGGUUGUGUGAUGCCGGCAAAAUAGCAUUUAUGCCAUUGCUGAAAAGACUGCUACUGCUCACUCGAUCAGAGAGUGUUGAGAUUGCAGCCAAUUCAGCUGCUGCUAUAGGAAACAUUGCUUCAGGAAUGGAAGACUACUCAGCCUUCGUAGCAGAAUGGGACCUCCUAAACGAAUACCUGACGAGAUUCCUCACAAGCAGCAGCCCAAACCUCCAUCACAUAUCCCUAUGGUCGCUCCUCCAUUUCAUAGAAUCACGACAAUUGAAAACAAUUAUCCUGCAGUCUCCUCUACUGGGAUGUAUAACACGACUAGCGGAAUCGUACGAUGCAUUGCAGCAGACUGGAGCGCUGGAUACACCUGAAGCGCAGGAUAUUGCACAGAUUGCGUCGAAUCUGGUGGAGAAAUUGAGUAGUGUUGAUGAUGGUGGAGGUGAGAGUUUGAUUUCGGUUGAUGGUGGUGGUGUGGGGACGAGGGUGUCUGGGUGGAGGACUCAGCAGGAUUUUGAUAUAUAA